CCUGAAUUAGUGGCACAACAUUUCCAGUAACAGCUUUCCAUAUCAGGAAGACUGUGAGACAUUACAGUGUAAGCACGCAGCAAACUAAACGUUCACUUUCCCACGAAAUGGGUAGGAGCUGAUGAACUGGAUUGUUUUCGAAGGAGAAGAAGAAUAAAUCGUUUCAGCAUGGAGUUAAAGAGGCCCGUUCGCGAUAGGAUAUCCUUGGUCCUUCUUAUUUUGGGGAAUAUUACAACAGCUCUCUCUGGCCAAACUCUUGACUGUACCAACGACUAUGAGUCACUAGUGUUUUGCCACUUUGAAGCGCAAAACUGCUCUGAAUACAAGUUGACUUUCCGGAGCAACAACGAAAACGGGGAGAAGCACAGCAAUUUUAAACCAUGUGACACUGCACAGUGUUGCUCUGUCCACCAAGAAGAGAUACUUGUUGUAGGAGAGUCUUUUACAGCCACAGUUUGGAAAGGAGGCAAUCACAUAGAGUCCAAAAUCAUCAACGUCACAGACAGCAUAAAGCCCAAAACCCCAACAAUUGUCUCAGUGAACGAAUCAAAUGGGAAUUUUCAUGUCAAGUGGAAGCAGAACGUGAAGGAAAGUUUAAGAGAUAACUUGGCUGCUAAUGUGACUUACCAUAAAAAAGGAGAUGCAAAAAAGGUGUAUGCUGUUGUCAAACCAACUACUCUCGACGAAUUUGGUUACUAUGAAAUACUUGGUCGUAACUUGGAUCCAAGUACAACAUAUGCAGUCAGUGUGAAAAGCUACCUAGACCUGAGUGGAAAGUUCAGUGACAGUAGUGAAGAGUGGGAAUUCACAACCCGAAACAGUAUGGAGCCCACGUCCUCCAUUGUCCUGCCCUUGGUUAUCAUCAUCAGCCUCAGUUUUGCUGCAAUCAUCAUCAGCGCCGCUAUAAAUGGCUGUUAUGUAAAGCUCAAAACUAAGUGGUGGGACACAGUUGCCAAAUGUCCAAAUCCUAAACUUCUUAUUAUGCAUCCAGGCGAGCAAGAGGUCUUGAAGCCUGUGCCACCCAUCAUCUCCUCUGUCUGUGUUGAGCCCCUUGUUCCAGAUGACAGCAAACUAUGGUCGAAGGAGUCUCUGAGAGAGAGCAGUGGGAGCCUUCAGCAAAGCAGUGGAAUCAGUACUGGCUCUUCUGGUCUCAGUUAUGCUAAUACAGAACCUAACGUUAUAGCCUGCGUUCAGGAUGCCCUUCUUAAAGCCCUCCCCAACAUCAGCCCGAUAUCACAUUUUAUCACCAAUUCAUUUACAGAAGUAAACCAAGACAGUGGUUUGCUCUCCCCUUCCUACAACCCUUGUGGUGUCAGAGCUGAUGACAUGAGUUCUGGAUCAUGUGGCUUUGAAAAUAAAACCUACUCCAUCCUCAUUCCCAGCGGCCCACAUCAGAAUCUGACGGACGCUGAAAUGCUUUGUGACUGUGCAUACCAUCCUAGUGCGGGUGACGUGACCUGUGCUGACCAACACGCACCAGCUUGUCCGCUUGUUAAUUUUCCACCAGUGGUUUUACCUCUAAUGCCAACAGACAUGUCAUAUCAGCAAAGCAAUGCAGAUCCUGGGGGAUUUUCAUAUGCAGAAGAGUCCAGUUUGUCCUCCGUCUCUAGUGGCACCAACACGAUUGCGUCAUGUGAUCCUGUGUCCAGAGUCGAGGGCGUGUGUGAGAGCUUCGAUGAGGCUGCCUGUGGUGGGACAAAGCUACAUGGAAAAACUGAAGGAGCAAUUAUAUGUGAUGAAAACCCCUGCUACGGCUGUGCGCCUGCAGGCUCACACAGCUUUCCUCCAGUGGAUGAUGGCUACCAGGCAUUUCAGAAUCUGGUGGAGCAGCCUGAUAUUUUGUUUUCAGAGGAGAGAAGUGGUGAGAAAGAGGAAUGUUUGAACAGAUACCCAGAGGAAUCAUUCACCAAGAUGCCUCAAAGCUUCUUAAGCCCAGUUGUCCAAGGCGUCAUUAACAAUGUUCAGGGUGGCCAGUGUCUCUCUGAGCUCGAAAGACCUUUUCUCUCUUUGAUCCCUGCUCACCAGUCUAUGCCACUAAUCACAGACAGCGGCUAUCAGAGUGUGUAGCGCUGACAUUUUAUUAUGUGCAAUUUGUGCUUCUUUAAAUUAUUGAGAAACAUUGUUGAGAAAUUUGGAAGACGAGAGAGAGGGAGAACAGGAUGUGGCUGUGAAUGGUGUUCAAGUCAUGACAUGACUAUUAAUAGCUGUCAUGGUCAUGGAUAGUUUUUGUUUUGCAGCAGCAAUUCAAAGAAAACACAUCUUUGCACCUUAACAGUUGAUUUGUUUAAUUUAUGAAUACUUUGCAACUGUGUAUGACUGCUUUUGAUGUGAAACGUCCAUUAAGUUUAUACAUAAAAACAUUCAUGUAAAAUGUCUGUCAUAAACAGAAUGCACUUAGCUUGGCAUCGCCACACUAAUUCGCAAAUGCGUAUUAGAGCACAUGAAACAUGAGCUCACAGAUUUGUCUGAAUGCACUUGCUUUGAGUUUUAGAUGUGUGCUUGCUACAAAUGCUUGAACAAAACAGCUGCAGUCAGCUCACAUAUUCAUAUCUCACUUGUCAUAUUAAACUAAGGUCAUUUGUUUUUCCCAUAGUUCAUAGGAAAUAUGAAUGUUGUAUAAUACAAUAUAAAUGUUGUAUAAAGCUUAUAGGAACACACUGUCUGAAAUCAUGUCUAAUCAUCCAGUCUAUAGUAUUAGUAAGACUUCAGUGAAAAUGAGUUAACAGAAGAGUCAUUACUAUUAAUUGUAUAGAUUAUUUCAAUCUCUCUCUGAGCUUGAUUUGACCAGGGGAGUCAUCACAAGAAAAAUUGCUUUUUAAGGAAAAUUACAUCUGAACUGACUAAACCAAGCAUCUGCAACAAGUCAGCGGUCAUAAAGAGCUGGUGCAAUUCAGGAUUGUGAAAUUGUUUCCUCAUAGCUCUUCUCUGGAACUGCUGAGCCACUUCCACAGAAACACACGUCACUUUGAACUCAAUGGAACUCAUUUCACUAUAUGCAAAGAAAUGGCAGUAUUCUGGGAAUUUAUUUGCUAGAAAAUAGUUCAAAUAAAGUUGUUUAUUUCUUGA